AUGUCCUCCGACGGACGUUACAUGUAUCACCCCUCAUCCGGCAUGGAGCAGUAUGACUACCAGCCAUACCCGCAAUCGUCGUACGACAGCGCUCAGUUUCCGACGAACAGCGCCCGCACCACGCGCACCAACGGCGCUCAUCCGCAUUCCCCUCCGCCAGCUCAACCGCCUGCGCAAUACGGCUCCCCGACCGCACCUUAUCCGACGCCCUAUGGACCAGCGCCCUACCCAGCUCCUCCGCCCGGUCCUCCUUCAUGGACAAACCAACCCGCAUGGGCAGGAUACGGGCCUUACGCUCCGGGAUCGGUGCAGGCGCAGUCCCCAUACCCGAGCUCGCUGUCCCGCCCCGAUAAUGCGUCUUCUGCUGCACCUCACUCGCGACCGCAGGCUAGUCCUGCAGAUCCGCCGAGAAGCGCUGGAAUUGCUGCCGGGUCUCCGCCUUCGCCGUCCCAACCCAUGCUUCGUGCGCAGUCUCCUCUGCAACAUCCGGGCAGCGGCUCUGUUCCACCGAUGGAUUUCACCAAGCUCAGAGAUUCAUGCGAAAGCAUCCUGGAGUAUGCAAAGUCCUUCUCAAUGCACACCGAGCCGCCACCGCGUGAAACGCUCGAGCGCAUGGUCGAGUCAGCAUCGUUUGGAUACCGCAUGCUCGAUCUUGCCUCGUUGCAGGCCAUAUCCCCGAAUGUUCGCGCCUCCGAGGAACGCUCUGGAACAGGGCCGCCACCGGACGCUGGAGACAAGAAAACAGCCAAACUCCCUGAGGCGCCUGCGCAGGAUGGCCAAAGGUGUUUGGGCUGCCAAGCUACGUCCACCCCUGAAUGGCGCCGAGGUCCGAUGGGACCCCGAACCCUGUGCAACGCAUGUGGGCUAGUCUAUGCAAAGAUGAUCAAGAAACGCGGUCGCGAACGGACAGGCGCGUCGUCAGCUGCCAAUCACACCGGCGACGAUUCUGGUAGCGAAGGCAGCGACGAUGAGGGUUCCUACGUAUCGCACGAUCGCAGGAGCGAGGCCAACGUUCGCAGAUGA